AUGGGCCGAGCCGGGGCCGCCGGGGGCGGGGGCCCGGGCCGGGGGCCGCCGCCGCUGCUGCUGUUUCUGGGAGCCACGCUGGUUUUCGCCGCCGGGGCCGCGCCAGGUGGGUACCGACCGGGACCUGGGCGGCACUCGCGCCCCACCUCCGGGCGGGGGUCUGGCUGCCCUCGGGUACCGGCGGAGUCCGCGAGCUGUGGUAAGGGGGCGGGGCAGCGCCUGGGCCGCGGCCAGGGCGGGGGAUGGGGCGCGCCAGAAGGUGGGGGGCGUGCGGGGCGCGGGGGCGGUGCCGGCCGCAGGGUUGCGGACCGCGGUGCGGGAUGGGGGCGGGGCCUGGAGAUGGGGCGGGGCCUGGAGAUGGGGCGGGGCCUGAGUGGAACUUCGGGGCGGGGCCUGGAGGUGGGGGCGGGCUAUGGGGGGAGGCUGAGAGGCCAGACCCAGGGACUGAGCUUAAAGGUGGGGGCGUGGCCUUGGGAUACCUGGUGGCGGCUGCCGCGGUUGUCCCUGGUCUGGGAGGGCGAGCCGCGGUGGGGCGGAGCCCAAGAGCCGUUGCGCGCGCGGCGCCACCCUGACUCUCCGCUCCUCGCCCUCCCGCCCACAGCUCGCGAGGCGGGCAGCGCGGUCGAGGCCGAGGGACCAGUGAAGAGCGUCUUGGCAUGGGAGCCGCGCGCCAACGAUACGCGGGACGGGGCCGCCCCGUCAGGGACUGGGGAAGACGAGACCGCGUGGACGGCACCAGCCGACGAGCAGGCCGCGGCUGGCCCCCGGGUCGGCCCAGAAGAGGCGCUGGAGGCUUCGGCCGCGGUGACGGGCGCCUCCUGGCUGGAGACUGACAGCCCUGGCCUGGGCGCGGUGACCACCGAGGUGGGCAGUGGCGACGCCCAGGCCCUCCCAGCCACACUCCCUGCUCCCGAUGAGGCCCUCGGGCAGUCGUCAGUACCCCCUGCCACCCCCGAGGCUAUCAGACCACCCUCCUCCACCCCUGGCAACAAGCCGAGCCCAGGCCCUGAACUCCCCAAGGAGAGCUCCCUAGAGAUUUGGCUGAACUUGGGAGGCAGCACACCUGGCCCUCAUGGGCUAGAACCCACAUACCCUUUUCAGGGCACGCUGGAGCCCCAGCCAGCCUCAGAUAUAAUUGACAUCGACUACUUCGAAGGACUGGACGGGGAGGGCCGUGGUGCCGACCUGGGAAGCUUCCCAGGCUCACUAGGAACUUCGGAGCACCACCCCGAUACUGACACCGGCGGAGAGACACCUUCAUGGAGCCUGCUUGACUUAUACGAUGACUUUACCCCCUUUGAUGAAUCUGAUUUCUACCCUACCACCUCGUUCUAUGACGACUUAGAUGAAGAGGAGGAAGAAGAGGAGGAUGAUAAGGAUGCAGUGGGAGGUGGAGACCUGGAAGAUGAAAAUGACCCUAUAAUGCCCACCAAGAAGCCUGGCCAGGGGCCAGGGGCAGGCCAGCCCACUAGUCGGUGGCAUGCUGUCCCCCCACAACAUACUCUGGGGAUAGUCCCUGGCAGCAGCAUUGCCCUCAGGCCCCGCCCAGGAGAGCCAGUCAGGGGCCUGGCCCCAGGCGAGAAUGGCACUGAGUGUCGCAGUGGUUUUGUGCGACAUAAUGGCUCCUGCCGGUCGGUAUGCGACCUCUUCCCCAGUUACUGUCACAACGGCGGCCAGUGCUACCUAGUGGAGAACAUAGGGGCCUUCUGCAGAUGCAACACGCAGGACUACAUCUGGCACAAGGGGAUGCGCUGUGAGUCCAUCAUCACCGACUUCCAGGUGAUGUGUGUGGCCGUCGGCUCCGCUGCCCUUGUGCUGCUCCUGCUUUUCAUGAUGACGGUGUUCUUUGCCAAGAAGCUCUAUCUGCUCAAGACGGAGAAUACCAAGCUGCGUAGGACCAACAAAUUCCGGACCCCAUCUGAGCUCCACAACGAUAACUUCUCCCUCUCCACCAUUGCUGAGGGCUCUCACCCAAAUGAUGAUACAAGUGCACCCCACAAAAUCCAGGAAGUUCUCAAGUCUUGCCUGAAAGAGGAGGAGUCCUUUAACAUCCAGAACUCCACGUCGCCCAAACUUGAGAGUAACAAAGGUGACCAGGCGGACUUGGACGUGAACUGUCUGCAGAAUAACUUAACCUGAAGCAGAGCAAGAAGAAAGGAGACGGGGGCGGGGGGAAAUGUUGCCUCCUCUUGUACAGAGUCUAUUUCUUGUAACCAUUUGUUAAGCCCUUUUCCUUUUCUGAUCUCAUGGCAUGCUUUGGUGUAUUUUGUACAGGAGGGAAAAAAAAGCAAAGAACCUGAGUGGAAUUACAUCCGUUGGACUGUUCUGUCUGUGCCGUCUGUACAGUGCUUCUGCUGCUGUGAUUUCUAAACCUGUGCUGUUACUCAACUGACUUUUUUUUGUACUUUGACCCACCUUUUUUUGAGAUACCAGUAAAAAACAAAGUUCUUGAAAUAAAACUUUUUAAAAAGUUAUCCAUUUUCCUAAUGUCAUUAUGUCCACUCCCUCCCCAUUCUUGUCACUUUGAGUUGAGUUCUUGCCUUCAUUGAAGAUGUAUGUUUAUUUAAAUAUGUUUGGAAUUCCAGAAAUGGUUUAUAUCACCAACUCUUAAGAGUGCUCUUUUAUUCUUUCAUAAAUAUUCAACACCUACUCUGAGCCAGGCACUAUGCUAAAUCCCGAGAAUAAUAAAUGAAUAAGAUAGAUCUUAACCUCAAGAUGUUAACUGUCUACUUGAGAAACAGACUUAUAAACAAGUAUAAUAUAGCAAGUAAAUAUUAGAGGGAGAGCACUCCGAAAGUUAGGAAGGUAGUGCGACAUGCAUGACUAGAGACUGAGAGGGAGAGGUCCUAGGUGGAUAAGGCUGUAAAGGACGAGCAGAUUGUGAAGAGCCUUGAAUGCCAGUUAAGGACAGGGUCGGGUUUAUUUUCUAAAAAGUUAUCUCUGGAGAUAGUAGUGAAAGCAGAUUUGAAGAUGGGGAUUGCAGCAAUCCAGGGAAAUAAUAUAACCUUUUUUUUUGUUGCCGUCAGGUCGAUUUCAAAUCAUAGUGACUCUAUAGGACAGAGUAGAACUGCCACAUAGGGUUUCCAAGGCUGUAAUCUUUAUGGUACACCUACAGGAAAUUACCAGAAAUUGAAGCUGGAUUCAGAAGAGGAUGUGGAAUGAAGGAUAUCAUUGCUGAUGUCAGAUGGAUCUUGGCUGAAAACAGAACACCAGAAAGAUGUUUGCCUGUGUUUUUUGACUAUGCAAAGGCGUUCACCUGUGGAUCAUAACAAAUUACAGAUGACCUUGUGAAGAACAGGAGUUCCAGAACACUUAAUUGUGCUCACGUGGCAUCUGUACAUAGACCAAAAGGCAGUCAUUAGAACAGAACAAGGGAAUACUGGCACGGUUUAAAAAUCAAGAAAAGUGUGCGUCAGGAUUGCACCCUUUCACCAUACAUAUUCAAUCUAUAUGCUGAGCAAAUAGUCCAAGAAGCUGGACUAUAUGAAGAAGAAUGUGGCAUCAGGACUGGUGGAAGACUCAUUAACAACCUGCAUUAUGCAGAUAAACAGAACCGUGCUUGCUGAAAGUGAAGAGGACUUGAAGCACUGAUGAAGAUCGAAGACUAUAGAAGGAUCGUGCUUGAUAAAGUAGAGGGUCAGGGAAAAAGAGGAAGAUCCUCACCUUGGAUUGACACAGUGGCUGUAACAAUGGGCUCAACAUAACAAUGAUUGUGAGGAUGGUGGAUGGCACAGGACGGGGCAGUACCACCUAACAACAACAAUAAUCCUUAUGGGAUCACUGGAUCUUUACUUCUGAAGAGCUGCUGGUGGGUUCGAACCGCCAACUUUUUGGUGAGCAUUUUAACCAUUGCAUCACCAAGGAUCCUCAUUUUCAGGUAUAGGUUAUAUGAAUCAGAUUUGUGGCUGUUUUCUAAAUUUCAAAAUAUUUCACAUACUUCCCAAGAAAAAUCUUUGUACAAUAAAUAAUAAAAGUCAAGGUUUGGGAUUUGCAGAAUUUGGGUUUUUAGUUGUUUUCUUAGCACAAUUAAAAACAAAAGAGGCUAUAAAUUCCAGAACCUGAUAUAUGUAGAACAUGUCCUUGCCCUAAGCUAUUUAAAUCAGAUUUGUUAUAGAUUUAUCCCAUUUAUGAGGUCAGAUUCCUCAGAUAUUAUGGAACAAGUUUUUUUAAGUUUAAUAGGGAUGGAUUAAAAGAAUUAACAAUUUAAAUAGCCAGAUUUACUAUUUGGAAUGGGGGGCAUUUUCUAGAAUUUGCCUGUGAUCCAUCUGUGAUAAUUCUAAUAACUGGAAUCCCUAUAAGCAUGUUUCUUUUGCCUGAUUUCUGUUGGUUCCUCGAUUUGUCUCAUGUGCCUCAUUAUUUUUUAUUUUAUGCUGGACAUUGUUUUAAAAAUAUUAAUAGAAAUAAUUUGAGGCCUAGGAUGAUUGCUUUCUCUAGAGAGGUUUUUUUUCUCCCCGCCCC